UUUUUUUUUCUCCCUAUCAUUCUUUUUUUUUUUUUUAUAAUUUUUAUUUUGGGUCUUUUCGAUCCAGCGGCUCCAUCGGUUUUUUUCCCGAAAAAUCUUCGCACAUUUUCCCGGAGAGCCUCUACGUGUUUUUCGGCCACAUACUCUCUCUACAGGGAUUGAACGUAGGCUUUUAUUGGAGUGAAACUUGAUAAUUGAUGUGGCUAUGAAACCUGAAUAGAUCAAAGUUUGCAAACGAUCUUGCAACUGUGUUUUUAUCACAUGGACAUAGAGAGUUUUACUUUCUAACUUUUGUUGGGUCACAAGAUGGCAUUAGAUGUGAUUAUCAACAGCGCUUCAUCUCUUCCAGCGUCAGAUUUCCUCACCCAGAUUGUAGAGGACAUGAUUGAGGUCGCAUAUGCUGCCAACAAUGUACUCAUUAAGAAAGAGAGUUUUAAGGAACUUUCCAUCUACCUGGAAAGGAUUGUACCAAUCCUAAAAGAGUUUAACAAGAAAUACAUGGGUCAUUCAGAGAGCUUGAACAAUGCAAUUGAGAUUCUCAAUCGAGAAGUUAAAACUGCAAAGCAGUUAAUUAUGGAGUGUACUGAAAGAAAUAAAGUAUAUCUACUGAUGAAUUGCCGAACUAUAGUUAAGCGUUUAGAAGACACCACUAGGGAAAUUAGCCGGGCUCUAGAUCUUCUACCAUUAGCUUCUUUGGAUCUUUCGUCUGGUAUAAUUGAUGAGAUUGCAAAACUCCGUGAUAGUAUGCAAAGAGCUGAGUUCAAGGCAGCCAUAGCAGAAGAAGAGAUAUUGGAGAAAAUUGAGUCGGGAAUACAGGAGAGGAAUGUUGAUCGUUCUUACGCCAAUAACUUACUGGCUCAGAUAGCAGAGGCAGUUGGUAUGUCAACUGAGAGGGCUGCAUUAAAGAAAGAAUUUGAAGACUUUAGGAAUGAGAUUGAAAAUGCUCAGCUAAGGAAGGACCAAGCUGAAGCUAUACAAAUGGCUCAGAUAAUUGCUUUACUAGAAAGGGCAGAUGCAGCUUCUUCUCCUGAGGAGAAGGAGAUGAAGUAUUUCACCAAACGGAAGUCCUUGGGUAGUCAACCAUUGGAACCUCUCCAAUCAUUUUAUUGCCCGAUCACUCGGGAUGUUAUGGUUGACCCUGUGGAGACGUCUUCAGGACAAACAUUUGAACGAAGUGCAAUAGAAAAAUGGCUUGCAGAUGGGAACAAAUUGUGUCCUCUGACCAUGACUCCUCUGAGCACAUCAAUUCUAAGGCCUAAUAAAACUUUGAGACAAUCAAUAGAAGAAUGGAAGGAUAGGAACACAAUGAUUACAAUUGCUUCCAUGAAACCAAGACUGAAGUCUGAAGAAGAUGAGGAAGUGCUUAAUUGCCUGGAACAGUUAGAGGAUCUAUGUGCAGAAAGAGACCAGCAUCGGGAAUGGGUGAUAUUGGAGAAUUAUAUACCAGUUCUUGUUCAACUUCUUGGUGAAAAAAAUCGUGAUAUAAGGAAUCGUGCUUUGGUCAUCCUCUACAUUCUGGCAAAAGAUAGUGAUGAUGCCAAGGAAAGAGUUGCAAAUGCUGACAAUGCAAUUGAAUUUAUAGUUCGAUCUCUUGGGCGUCGAAUUGGGGAAGGGAAGUUAGCAGUGGCAUUGCUGUUAGAAUUAUCUAAAUGUUCUCUGGUAAGGGAUUAUAUUGGAAAGGUUCAAGGGUGCAUUCUUCUCUUGGUGACUAUGUCGGGCAGUGAUGACAGCCAAGCUGCCACAGAUGCCCAAGAGCUGUUGGAAAAUCUUGCAUUCUCUGAUCAGAACAUCAUACGAAUGGCAAAGGCAAAUUAUUUCAAACAUUUGCUGCAGCAUCUAUCUACAGGACCUGAAGAUGUAAAAAUGAUCAUGGUGUCAACUUUGGCAGAGAUGGAGUUAACUGAUCACAAUAAAGCAUCUCUAUUUGAAGGAGGUGUGUUGAGUCCACUCCUUCACUUAGUCUCAGAUAGUGAUUUGGAGAUGAAAAAGGUGGCUAUCAAGGCUCUUCGGAACCUCUCAAGUUUACCAGCAAAUGGCCUGCAGAUGAUUAGAGAAGGUGCAGUGCGCGCUUUACUUGAUCUUCUUGUCCGGCAUAUCUCAUCAUCUUCAGGUUUGCGUGAACAUGUGGCGGCCACGCUUAUGCACUUAGCUGAAUCAACGGUGUCCCAAGGAUCCAACCCAACACCAAUUUCAUUGUUGGAAUCUGAUGAAGACGCUUUGAUGCUUUUCUCUUUGAUAAGCUGGACAGGGCCUGAUGUCCAACAAAACAUUCUCCGAAUCUUCUAUGCCUUGUGCCAGUCCCCCUCAGCGUCAAACAUCAAGACCAAAUUGACUGAGUGCUCAGCUGUGCAAGUAUUGGCUCAGUUAUGUGAGCAAGAGAAUCAAAAUGUACGAGCAAAUGCUGUUAAGCUGUUCUGCUGCUUGGUAGAAGGUGGUGAUGAAGCCACCAUCCUAGAGCAUGUGGGUCAGAAGUGCCUUGAAACCUUGCUCAGGAUUAUCCAAUCUUCAACUGACAUGGUAGAGAUUGCUUCAGCAAUGGGCAUUAUCUCUAACCUUCCAGAAAAUAGCCAAGUUACUCAGUGGCUUCUGAAUGCAGGGGCACUACCAGUUAUUGUCAGAAUUCUCCCAAAUAGCAAGCAGAUUGAUCCUCAUAACAAUUGGUUAGUUGAGAAUGCUGUUGGAGCCAUAAGUCGUUUCACUGUUCCAACGAACUUAGAAUGGCAAAAGAAAGCAGCAGAAGCCGGCGUUAUUCCUAUGUUAGUGCAACUGCUAGACUUCGGAACUAGCUUGACAAAAAAAUAUUCUGCUAUUUCUCUUACUCAUUUUUCAGAGAGUUCACCGAGGUUGAGUCAGCCAAUACCAAAACACAAGGGGUUUUGGUGCUUCUCUGUUCCACCAGAAACUGGCUGCAGGAUUCAUGGGGGAGUUUGUACUGUUGAAUCAUCAUUUUGCCUUGUUGAAGCUGAUGCGAUAAGACCCCUUGUGAGGGUUCUUGAAGAUCCAGAUCCUAGAGCCUGUGAGGCUUCUUUAGAUGCACUAUUGACCCUAAUUGAUGCUGAAAGACUUCAAAGUGGUGGCAAGGUGCUUGCAGAAACAAAUGCUAUACCAUCAAUCAUAAAAUUUCUUAGUUCUUCGACUGUCACGUUGCAGGAGAAGGCUCUAAAUGCUUUAGAAAGGAUAUUCAGACUGCCAGAAUUCAAACAAAAGUAUGGACCCUGUGCUCAGAUGCCCUUAGUUGAUUUAACGCAGAGGGGGAACAGCAACAUGAAGUCUCUCUCUGCCAGAAUACUGGCUCACUUGAAUGUCCUUCAUGAUCAGUCUUCUUACUUCUAAAGAAAUUUAAAUUGCUUUGAUGCAUUUAAUUGGUCCCAGGGGACAAAGGAUGCUUGGUUAGCUGAAAGAUGGUCGUCAGUUUAAGAACACCACUAUUUGGAUUUACUCUUGUGCUGAGGACUUGAUUACCAGGCGCAAAUCACUUCUUGAUGGUUUAGCUGCGCGAUAAUGGUGAAACAGGUGCAUUCUACGACUUGGCAGGAGAGUGAACAUUUGUAACUCAGGACAGAACUGCAAUAGAAAAUCACGCUGCCUCUUCUGCUGGAAAAACUAAAAUUGAUGAGUCACUAGAGUAGCAUUUUCUAUCCUUUUGUUGUUGUAAAGAGAAGUAUUGCCAGAGAGAUGGAAUUGUAGAAGUGGCUCAUAUUGAAUGCCACAAAUUUUUCUGUGCAGUUGAAGAAGUCCAAUCACCUAUUCGUUUGUCAUUAGGACAGGACAAAAAUGAGCCCAAGUCAUCAAAUAUUAGACUACUUAGCCACAAUCUGAUCAUUUUUUUUUUUCUGUUUAAUGGUAAUUCUUUGCUCAUAUGUUGACGGUGUUGCAGUUAUUUUCAUAUGAUUGAGCAAAGCAUGCGAAGGAAAUAAUCAAGGAAGUCUUGAAUAUGUCACACUUUCAAUUGAGAGUCUCUGACUACAUAUUUUUU